UUCAGGAGGCGAACGCUACAAAUGAGCAUGUGGCCUGAAGAGUUUUCCAAAGUGCCGCGAGUUGGAUGUUUCUCCUCACAAACAAGCAGGAUCACAGGAAUAAUUCAUGGUUUAAAUGGCGGAGCAGCAGCUACUGGGAAGCGAUGGCGUGAGCGGCACGCAUCUGACUAAGUCUCUGGUGGCGGUGGCUUUCCUGGCCUCGUUCGGCAGCUCCAUGCUCUACGGCUACAACCUGGCCGUGGUCAACUCUCCUGCACAGUACAUCAGACAUUUCUACAAUGAGACAAUUGUUGAAAGGUACAAGUGGAGCCCGGACGAGCGGUUCCUCACCGUGUUGUACUCCUUCACUGUGUCGGUCUUCGCUAUCGGGGGGAUGAUCGGUUCCCUGCUGGUGGGAAAACUGGCCACCAAGUACGGAAGGAAAGGCACGGUGGUGCGCUCCAGCCUGCUGGUGUUCGUGGGCGGAGCCCUCAUGGGCUUCAGCAGGACGUGCAGGAUGCCGGCCAUGGUGAUCUGUGGACGCUUCAUCACAGGAGUCCACUCAGGCAUCUCCCUCAGCCUGGUGCCCAUGUACCUCGGCGAGAUCGCGCCCAAGAGCGUGCGCGGCUUCCUGGGCCUCAUCCCCAGCAUCCACAUAUGCCUCGGCGUCUUCAUCGCCCAGUUCCUGGGGCUCCACGACCUGCUGGGGAAGGAGGAGCACUGGCCUUUGCUCCUGUCCCUUGUGGUUUGUCCUACCACGGUCCAGCUGCUGCUGUUGCCAUGGUUUCCAGAGAGUCCGCGCUUCCUGUUGAUAGAGAAGGGGGACGUGGCCGCCACAAUAGCAGCCCUGAAGUGGUACCGCACCAAAGGAAACAUCCAGGAGGAGGUGGAGGAGAUGCAGGAGGAGCAGCGCUGCCUGUCCUGCGUCCGGAGCGUCUCCGUCCCCGGGCUGCUGCUGGACCGCGCCGUCCGCUGGCAGGUCAUCACGGUGUCAGUGGCCAACAUCGGCAUGCAGCUGUCUGGCAUCGACGCGAUCUGGUUCUACACAAACGACAUAUUCAGGAACGCGGGAAUCCCGGACGCCCAGAUUCAGUUCACCACAGUGGGAACCGGUGCCAUUGAAGUCAUCUCUGGGAUGGUGGGGUGCUUCACCAUCGAGCGCCUCGGCAGGAGGCCUCUGAUGAUCGGAGGCUACCUCUUCAUGGCGUUCUGCUGCGCGGGGAUCACGGUGUCCGCCCUCCUGCAGGCGCAGCUUCCCGUCAUGCGCUACGUCAGCGUGAGCUGUGUCGUGGGGAUUAUUGCUGGUUUCUGCAUAGGUCCAGCCGGCGUCCCCUUCCUGAUCACGGCCGAGCUCUUCACGCAGUCCCACCGCUCGGCCGCCUACACCGUGGCCGGCUGCCUCAACUGGGCGUCCAACUUCACCAUCGGCUUCGUCUUCCCCUUCCUGGAGAUGUCCACAGGUCCCUUCUGUUACCUGAUCUUCUGCGCGGUGUGCCUCAGCGUGGCCGCCUACACGUACUUCAUCAUACCCGAGACCAGGAACAAGACCUUCGUGGAGAUCAGCCACAUGUUCGCCGCCAGGAACAAGGUCGCCAAAGAGGAGCUGGUUCCCAACGGUCACGUGAGGAUGGACGUGAUGAACGGCUACGGGGCGCUGGGGCAGCGCGGCCGGAAGUGAACCCGCGGCCGGACGCCUCGGGCGGGAGGUGGAGCGACCGCGGAGGCGUGGCUUCGCAGGGGAAGGGGGGGGGGGGGCGCUGCACGCGCUACCCGGCGUCAUCGUGUAGCUUUGGCGCCUUUAGAGCGCAGGUGCAGCGCCGUCACGUGAGGACGAGGUCGGACAGUCACGAGCUUCACGUUAACCAGCGGUGGCAUUUUAAUCCGUUUCUCCACUUUUUACGGGAGCUGAGUUGGUUUCUCACGGUGCCCUCAGAUGUUUUAAUCUCCGUGUUAAUCUCACUUGUUUUAAACCCGUCCCACGAUCACGAGGUUCACAUUCAGCGUUCAAUGCAGACAGAAUUUGUAUUUUACUCCACGUCCUACAGAGUCUUUUUUAUAUAAGACGGCUGAAUGUUUUGACUACUGUAGUAGUCACAUUAUACAUCUUGUUAAAAUAAAUCUGGACCCAAGUGCCAUGAAGCUGUCUGUCAUUAAAGCUAGUUUCCAGGAAGCUGACUUUGGGUUGCCAGGUUCUAAGAAAUGCGCUUAUCUAUUCUUUUUGAAUAAAAUACAUGAGUAUUAAAUGAAUAGAAGCUUUU